GCCGCGCCGCCCGCCUGGGCACGGGUCUUCUGCCGGUCACAGAUCCCUGCGGCCCAGCACGCGAGCGGAAAGGGGCCCGGCUCCCUGCUGCUCUGGGCUCUGCCCAGGGGCGCAGCCCUGGGGCGCGCCCGGCUCCUGCCAGCCGGUCCCGUUGUGCAGACACCAGUGCAACAGCGGGUCACCGCGGAAACGUCCGAGCCUGGGAAACGCAGCUUCUGGCACGCGUGGCGUGCGGAGGGGGCGGGGUGCGGGGGUGCCUGCGCCCACAUCUGCGUUCCCAGGCGCCAGCCCCAGACAACACAGGGCCCGGGCACGGGGCUGCGGCCCAGGGGGGCCCACCCAGCCUCGCUCAUUCCCCUCGCUGCAGCUCCAUGUGUGCACACACACGUACACACACAUACACAAUAUAUGUAUAUAUAGAUCAGACACUUUCCAACAGAAGUGGCGGCUACGCGGCCUCUUUCCACCCGUAAUUCAGAAAACAGAAGUGCGAUUCCGUGAACGCGGCUAUUUUCUGCUCAGCCGCGUUGCGGUCGCGGCUGCCAAGAAGCUGUCGGGGCGGCCGGGCUCUGCGCGGCUCAGCUCGGCUCUUUCCGAAGUUUGAUUUUCCGGAACGAGGCCUAAAAAGGCGUGGGGCGGGGCGCCGCGCCGGAUCCGCGCCUUAUUCGGGCAGGGCCCACAACCGGAACACGCCGCGGCGCCUCCCACGGGCUUUUCCGAGUUCCGUUGACUGCGCUUGUUGCCCCUUGAUAAAAGCGAUGCGGGCGCCGGGCCGCCCAGCUCAGCCCAGUCCAGCCCGUGCCGGGCCGGCCCCGCGCAGCCUGCACAGGGGCCCCGCGUGCCUCUCAGUGAUUCCGCCCGGCCCCGUUCCUCAGUCCUUAUAUGGGCAGUGACGUCCCGGGCAUUCAGGGCCGCCCCAUAAAUACUUCCCGCCACGCUUCCCGUGGGCUGCAAUUGAUUACGAGCGCGACGCGGGCCCCCGGCUGUGCCCACAACACCACAGUGCGUCCCGGGGCCGCACAGGGCAGUGCCCGCGGCGGCGGCACCGGCCGCUCCGAAACAAGCCAAUUUGGGUUUUUGUUUUUUUUUUUCCAGUGGAGGGAAAAGGCAGCCCUCACUCCGGCAGCGUUGGCACCACGGGCAGGGAGAGCUGCUCCGCGCGCGCCUCCUGAGCAAAUGAUGACGGCCAAGACUGUAGACAAAAUCCCUGUAACUCUCAGCGGGUUUGUGCAUCAGCUCUCCGAAAACAUUUACCCUGUGGAUGACCUGGCCGCCACCCUGCCAACCUCGGUCACGAUCUUCCCCAAUGCGGACUUGGGAGGACCGUUCGAGCAGAUGAGCGGGGCGCCGGGAGAUGGCAUGAUCAACGUGGACAUGAGCGAGAAGCGGGCUCUGGACCUGCCCUACGCCAGCAGCUUCGCCCCGACAGUCUCUGCCUCCCGCAAUCAGACUUUCACCUACAUGGGCAAGUUCUCCAUCGACCCGCAGUACCCCGGCGCCGGCUGCUACCCCGAGGGCAUCAUCAACAUCGUGAGCGCGGGCAUCCUGCAGGGGGUCAGCGCGCCCUCGUCCUCCUCGUCCUCCGCCGCCUCAUCAGCCUCGCCCAACCCGCUGCCGCCCGGCGGCGCCCUCGGCCGGCCCCCAGGGGACCUCAAGACUCUCAACGGCGCCUACCAGGCGCAGCUGGUCAAGCCGAGCCGCAUGAGGAAGUACCCCAACCGGCCCAGCAAGACGCCGCCGCACGAGCGGCCCUACGCCUGCCCGGUGGAGUCGUGCGACCGACGCUUCUCCCGCUCCGACGAGCUGACGCGGCACAUCCGCAUCCACACGGGGCAGAAGCCCUUCCAGUGCCGCAUCUGCAUGAGGAACUUCAGCCGCAGCGACCACCUCACCACGCACAUCCGCACGCACACGGGCGAGAAGCCCUUCGCCUGCGACAUCUACAAUGGAAAAUAA